UAUUAUAUGUAAGGAUUAAUAGACAUUGAACCAAAACAAUAUUUAGACUUUAUUCUUUAAGAAGGCAAAGUAGGAUAAACAACAUUGAAUAUAUUCAACUUGACUUAGACUAAAUUAACUUUCAAAGUAACAACAAUCUCAUAAUAAGAUUAAAACAACUAAUCCCAAUAUGUUUUAAGUUAAACCAAGUAUAGGAAUCAUUUCAGCAAAUGAUUAAAUGUCUAUAGUUAUUAGCACUAGUCAACCAUUAAAAGAAGAUAGUAAGUUGGAAUCUAAGUUUUAAAUUAACGCGUGUGUAUUAGAAUAAGAAGGAUAGGGUAAAUAUAUUUGUAUAAGUUAGAUCUAACCAACUUUUGGAGACAAUAAGAUGCCUAAUUGAUUUAAUAAGUAUAACUGAGAAGUAGAGUUAAACCUCUAGAAAUACAACAAGAGAUAAUUCAAUAAUAAUAAUUGUAAUAAAAUGUAGUCUUAGAAACUAAUGAAAAUAUGACUCGUAUUAAACCUGCUGAAAUUAAUCAAGAGAUAAUUCCAUAAUAAUUGUAAUAACAUAUGGUAUUAGAAACAAAUCAAAGUAUGGGUUAACUUUAUUAAUCCUUAAUUGAUAAUAGUACAUAAGGUAAUGAAAAAGAUGAGGAAAUUUAGAAAUGUUAAGAGUUGGUUGCUUAAUUGGUAUAUUAUAUUUGAUAUAUUUUUAGUCUUAAGAUGUUUCUAAUUAUCAGUUGAUGUUAAAGAGUGUGAAAGAAUAAGAAGUUGCUAUUAAACAUCAUGGUAUUCAUAAUGUAGAAUUUUAAAUUAGGAAAUAAGUUUGAGUUGAAAUAAGUGAUGAUAAUAGCUGGUAUAUCGUUAAUUUUGGGAUUCAUAUUUGGGAAAUGAUUAAUUAAAAUUAUAAAUA